CAUUUUAGCACCAACGACCCACUCAUCAUCAUCAUCAUCAUCAUCAUCAUUUUUGAUCCCUCAAUCACUCCUCCACUUCUUACUGUAUUCACACAUAGCAGCCAGCCAGCCAGUGUGUGUGACAAUUUCAUUUUACAAAUUUAUUUCAAUCCAAAAAACUUGAGUUAUUUGGAUCAAAAGGAAAUGGAGACAGACGGAACAAUUACAUCUGACAACAGAAGCACCCACUGGUGUUACACAUGCCGACAAUUAGUCACUCUCAUUAGACAAACCAAAGUUUGUUCUGAAUGCAGAGGCGGGUUUGUUCAAGAACUUGAAAACAUACUAACCAUAAACACUAACACCGAAGAACAAAAUCAAAACACCAGGUCAAGCAUCAUGGAAACCUUUGCAAACUUUUUCAGACGACAAGAUACACAGCUCAAUGGUUCCAACAGGGGAGACCACCAACAAGACAUAGUCUCUGAAGAUGACAACGAUAAUAGCAUGUGGGGCCCUUGGCCUAUUUAUACAGGCGACAUGCCCGUUAGGAUCUCUAACAAUGGUGGACUUUUUGAGCUUUUUAAUGAGGUACUUGGGUUCAGGAGAGAAAACGGGGCGGAUUUCUUUGUGGGACCAGGAGUCGAAGAAUUCUUUGAACAAUUUAAUGUUCAUGAUCAAGAAGUUCCUCAACCAACUUCAAAACCGUUAAUUGAUAUGAUUCCUACUGUUACGGUUUCAAAGAAAGAUACGCGGUCUGAUUCCCAUUGCGCUGUUUGUAAAGAGAAACUUAUAUUGGGUUCUAGUGCCAAGAAGUUACCCUGUAAACAUCUAUAUCAUUCAGGAUGCAUCGCCCCUUGGUUGGCCCAGGUAAAUUCAUGCCCAGUUUGCCGGCGUGAAGUGACUCCUAAGGGUGGCAGUAGCAGAAAGGGGAGUCGACUCCGUUUCUUGUGGCCUUUCAGGUCAUGAUCCCAGACACGUACUGUGCACACUUACUCUACCUUCCCUUUCAAAGAAACGAUAGUUUUUCCGUUUUGUUUAUUAAUCACUUGUCCAUCUACACAACUCAGUCAUAAAGAUCAAUAAAAGUUGGUUAUUAGUCAUUUUAUUUUA